AUGGCCCGUACCAAGCAGACCGCUCGUAAGUCCACCGGAGGAAAAGCUCCCCGUAAACAACUGGCCACGAAGGCAGCUCGCAAGAGUGCCCCGGCCACCGGAGGAGUAAAGAAGCCUCAUCGUUAUCGUCCAGGAACGGUCGCUCUGCGUGAAAUCCGUCGUUAUCAGAAGUCCACCGAACUCCUGAUCCGCAAGCUUCCGUUCCAACGUUUGGUUCGUGAAAUUGCUCAGGAUUUCAAGACCGAUCUGCGAUUCCAGAGCUCGGCCGUUAUGGCUCUGCAAGAGGCCAGUGAAGCCUACUUGGUUGGUCUGUUCGAAGACACCAAUCUGUGCGCCAUCCACGCCAAGCGUGUGACCAUCAUGCCAAAGGACAUCCAGUUGGCUCGUCGCAUCCGAGGAGAGCCCUUUACCAAGGCACUAGAUGACCAUUAUGAAUCUGUAAGAUUGACAGGUGGAAAGGCAGCUAAGAAGUCUGGCAAGGCCCAGAAGAACAUCGCGAAAGGAGACAAGAAAAAGAAGAAGCCACGCCGCAAGGAAAGCUAUGCCAUCUACAUCUACAAGGUUCUGAAGCAGGUCCAUCCGGAUACCGGUAUCUCCUCGAAGGCCAUGAGCAUCAUGAACAGCUUCGUCAAUGACAUCUUCGAACGUAUUGCUGCUGAAGCUUCUCGUCUGGCUCACUACAACAAACGCUCUACGAUCACCUCUCGUGAGGUUCAAACCUCCGUUCGUCUGUUGUUGCCAGGAGAAUUGGCCAAGCACGCCGUCUCUGAGGGCACCAAGGCUGUCACCAAGUACACGAGUUCUAAUGGACGAGUGUGCAGUAUAAAAGAGGUCAAAAUGUGUUUACCGACCAUUAUCCGUUUGAUCCCGAACCGAAAUCGUUCACUUCGUUCUGAAACCGAAAUCAGCAUGGCUCGUACAAAGCAGACUGCCCGUAAAUCCACCGGAGGAAAGGCUCCUCGCAAGCAGUUGGCCACAAAGGCGGCUCGUAAAAGCGCCCCGGCAACUGGAGGAGUGAAGAAGCCUCACCGUUAUCGUCCAGGAACAGUGGCUCUUCGUGAAAUCCGUCGUUACCAGAAGUCCACCGAGCUUCUGAUCCGCAAGCUUCCGUUCCAACGUUUGGUUCGUGAAAUUGCCCAGGACUUCAAGACCGAUCUUCGUUUCCAGAGCUCGGCUGUCAUGGCUCUGCAGGAAGCCAGCGAAGCCUAUCUAGUCGGUCUGUUUGAAGACACCAAUCUGUGUGCCAUUCAUGCCAAGCGCGUCACAAUCAUGCCAAAGGACAUCCAACUGGCUCGCCGUAUCCGUGGCGAACGUGCUUAA